AUGUGAUAUUUUCUCAUCGCUCACUCGACUUGGUACGAGCAACGAAAAUCGAUCGGUCCCAUCGGGUCAGCAAAAGCGCGAUUUAAAGGUAAAAAUCGACCAGAUCCAACCAGCAGAAGUCUACAAUGGGUGCAUCCGCGCUACCGAUCAUCAUAUUCUCCGCCAUUUUCGGUGUGAUUGGCAUUGUGCUGCCUAUCGUCGCUCCGAAGGGCCCGAACCGUGGAAUUGUGCAGUGUGUCCUGAUACUAACAGCGGCUACCUGCUGGUUGUUCUGGCUGUGCUGCUAUAUGGCACAGAUGAAUCCGCUGAUUGGCCCGAAACUGCACCAAAACACGAUCUUGAUCAUGGCCCGCGAAUGGGGAAACGCCUUGCCGGAUAUGGAUGGGUACACCCCAGAGGAGCAUUCGACAUAAAUCAUUCGCGGAAAGUGUUUCACUUACAUAAACCCGCAGAACACAUUCCCAUCUACAUCGCAGCGAGUUUGUUCUUACAAUGCCACCAACUAUCCCGGCAGUACUGCUCAUAAUUUCAACCAGAAAACCCACACUAUUGGAUGCCAUCAACACUAGACCAGCCCCUCAGAUGCAUUGAAUGUUCUGUUCUGAAGGUCAUGCGGUUCCAGCGUGAUACAGUAUUUGUAUUUCCAUUUGGGGCACUAAAUCCCUUUCGUCGAUCGAAAAUCGCUGUUGGUUGCGUUUUGUUUUUCUGCUGUUAUUGUUUACCCAAGAUGUGUUAUUUUACAAAAUAAAAUAGCCAACACACCAACAGUGUAA